AUGGCGGCUAUGGCAAUUCGUGGAUCGCCCGAUAUGGCAAACGGCAGUUCCAACCCCCACAUUGCCAACGGAGCGCAAAGAGCUUCAGGAAGGCGCAAUCGCAGAAAGGCUCCUUCCGAAAGCUACGAAGAGCAAUAUGACGACCCGAAAACGCCUCACAGAAGGGAUGUCCAUCCGUCAGAGCAGCUAGAUAGGUCUUUCUCGGCCAGAGCCCGAAACCAGCCCGAGGGAAACAUGAACUAUACAGCCCGCAAGCCAGUUCCUUCAUCGACGGAAGGAUUGUCAGAGGAAUCUACCACACCGCGAGGUCUUCCCACAAAACCCUAUUCUCCAGAACCCAGUGCAGGCAUGCCUGAGAUUUAUGUCCAGUCACCACCUGCAUCGAGUGUAUCUUCGCCUCCGGCUCGGUCCAAUACCACACGCUCCGUCUCCGCCAGUGGCGCGCGGUUAGAAAGGGCACCAGAACGAUCGCCUCUUCAAAAGUUGGAAGUAACUUUGACUGGAAUCAGCAAGGAAGAGAAGCGGGCACGAGUACAGGAGGCAGAAAUCAAAGCCCGAGAGCGAAUUGCGCGCAAAAAAGCCGAAAAAGAAAAGGCCGAAUCGAUGGCAGCAGUGUCAGCACAGCGCGCGCAGCCAGAAAGUCAACCACCCGCCAGCGCACCAAGAAGGAAUGAGCGGGGAGAAAUUCCAAUUGGGGAUGGCAUACGAAAUGGGCAUGCGGCUGCACCACCACAGCAGCGACGACCAGAAAGCACAGCUGCGCGUCACAACAGGACAGUUUCAACGAAUCCUCAACAUCCAUAUAUUCGCCGCCCCGAGGAUCCCCAAUACACAAGUGCAGAAGCUGCUGUCCCAUCGUCAGCUAGGAUAGGUAAUGUCCCUAGACGAUCAGUCACGGUGAGCGUGCCUGCCACAAAACAAGCACGUCCCAGUAAUAUCGCCCACGGUCGCUCGAUGUCUCAAGCAUCUCGACCUAUGCAAGCUCCCCCUACCCUAAAAGCGGAGACAACAGAUGAACUUUUAACAGCACCCCGUGCGCCUCAGGAUAGUGCCGAGUCGCAGACCAAGCCCAAGAAACAAUCUUGGAGGAAUGCACAGGCUGCUCGGCUUGCGGCCCCCGACUUCGAUUUCCAAAAUAUUGAUAUGGAGCGCAGCAAAGCAUGGUGGGAAGGUGGUGGUAACAAAGAUCGCAGAAAGAGCAGGGCUCUUCCGAAGAACUACAAGUCUCCUGCUCAAAAGUUGACAGGAGUGACUGACCACAAGAGCUUCCAACCCAGCCUCUUUUUGCGAUGUGGGCCUUUGCUACGAUACACUGGCAUCAAGCGAGUCCAGGUUAGUGGAGCCAGUGGCCCCAUUUACAAAGAGAUAUGGCGAGGCUCUAUCAUGAUAGUGACUAAAGAUUCUCGCUCCUCCUACGACACUCCACCUACACUGAGACUAUUCUCUCAGCCGAUGGAUCUUCUUCCUCCUCCCCCCGUGGAGAUUAGCCAGGAAGAUGGAGUGCAACUGGCCCCUGAAUAUGUCGACCCAGCGGCCGGGCUCAUGAAGGUUGGUCGUGAUGGGCGGCCCCUUUACGUGAAGCCAGUGGAACAUGUCGAGGAGCAAGUCGACCUAUCAUUUGUCGAGAACGACGAUGGUAUCUACGAGCUCUCCCCUAGCAUGAUCGACUAUACCAUCGAAGGCCUCAAACAGCCGAUGCCUUCCAACCGGAUGCAUGCCUUCGAUGGCGAGAUGGCGGAUCUGCACCGAGACAUUCCAGGAGCCCGUCUGUACGCCGAUGCUGCAAGAGAUGUAACAUUCUGGCGAUUCAACCUAGAGGUUGAACUCAGCACAAAGCAACAGCGAAUCGCCUAUCGGAUCAACCAGGGACCUGCCUUGGGAUUCUGGGUGCCCCCAGUUGGAGAAUCCAUGAACAUAAUGUUCCACAGUGGUAACGGGUUCAGCCCCUCUGUGGACUCUGAUCGAGUCUGCGGGCCCGACCCUCUUUGGCGAGAUAUUCUAAAUGAGCAUCAGACUCGUCCGUUCCAUGUGAUGAUCGGUGGAGGCGAUCAAAUCUUUAAUGACUCGGUUAUCACAGAGUCAACCUUCUUCCAAGAAUGGAUUAAGAUUAAAAACGCUGCCGAUAGAUAUGGGGCGUCAUUCACACCAGAGUUCCGUGCUGAAUUGGAGCAGUUCUACCUCGAGCGCUAUGCUGCGUGGUUCUCCCAGGGCCUCUUCUCGUUGGCGAACUCUCAGAUUCCCACGAUCAACAUUUGGAACGAUCAUGAAAUCUUUGAAGGUUUUGGUUCCUACCACAACGAUUUCAUGCAGAGUUCUGUUAUAUCCGGAAUUGGCAAGAUUGCUUUCAAGUAUUACAUGCUGUUCCAGCACCACAGUGUUCCCGAUGAAACUGAGGCAGAUGAACCCAGCUGGCUCCUUGGUGCUCAUCCCGGUCCAUAUAUUGAGCAGAAAAGCCGAAACUUGUUCAUGUCUCUUGGCCAAGGAGUUUCAUUCUUGGGCCUUGACUGCCGCACUGAACGACGGAGCAAUGAGGUUCUCAGCGAAGAGACCUGUGAUUUAUUGUGGGACCGCUGCCACAGGGAGAUCAUGAAAGGAGAGACGAAACAUUUGAUCGUCCUUUCAAGUGUUCCUGUUGCUUACCCCCGAGUGGCGAUGCUCCGCAAUUUUAUGAACAGCCGCAAGUCACUCGGCAAGGCUGGAGUACUUGGUGGACUUGUAAAUCGAUCUGGCGGAAACGUGGAGGUUUUUGAUGACCAUUGGGCUGGCAAGCACCUCAAGUCCGAGCGCACAUGGUUGGUUGAGGAUCUUCAGGAUCUGGCCGCAGAAAAAUCAGUCCGGAUCACAAUACUCAGUGGUGAUGUCCACCUCGCGGCAAUUGGGCAGUUCUAUUCGAAUCCCAAAUUGAAUAUCGCCAAAGACCAGGAUUACCGAUAUAUGCCAAAUGUCAUCUCAUCUGCUAUUGCAGACAUUCCGGAGACCGAUCUCAUUGCGGAUAUGCUCAACAAGCGGAAUACAGUCCAUCACAUGGACUCGAACACAGAGGAAGAUGUCGUCCCCAUCUUUGUCCAGGAUGUGAAUGGCAAGGCCCGAAACAACAAACGAUUGCUACCUCGGCGAAACUGGUGUUCAAUCCGUGAAUAUAAGCCCGGAUCUACCCCACCUGAUACACCUGAGUCUGAGAUAGAGACUCCAGAACCUCGACCAAAGAAGCUGCAGCGAACAUUGUCCCUGGGUCGCGGAGACAAGGAGUCUACCGGGAAGCCUGGCAUUCUCAGGCGACUUUCCACCCGUGGACCACCUCCUACGAGGACUAUGAGUUUCAAUCGAGGCGACGAGGCUGCCUUCAAUCGACGUGCAAGCGUUGAUGGGCCUGCUCAGCCCCACGAGAAUGGGGACAGCUAUUUCCCAGGGAUCGGGUCUGGGGCACCUCCACGACCUGGUAACUUCCACCGGCGACCAACGAAUCUUAGCCAAAAAGCGGCAAAGAAAGCCGCCAAGCAGGGCGAUGACGGCGCAGGCGCCUACAUCAACCUCGAAGGCGGCCUUGCCAUUACUUUAAACCUCGAGAUCAGCCCACAAGACCCAUCGGGCGUCACCACACCCUACAAAUUGCUCGUUCCCGCACUGUACUACAACGGGACCGAAUAUGACCCUCCCCCAGCGCAGAUUGUCAAGGGUUGGAGAAAGUUCCUGCCGCGCCGCAAAAAGAACGAGGCGGGAGCAGAUGCACGACCGGAAGCUGAAGAAGAUUACAGUGAUGAUGACGACCAAGACGAUUACGAGGACCACGACCUUAUCAAUAAUACCCGCGCUAACGCCGCCACUAGCCAACAACAUCAGCCACAGUACGAGGGAUAUCCUGGGAGUGAGGAGGAUUAUGACUCUGAGGGCGAGGUCCCUCAACGUCUACCACCGCAAAUGAUGGCUGAACACUCCCCCAGUCCCGAGGAGCAUAGCCGUCCACGAAAGAAGAAGUGGUUCGGCGUAAUCUAA